AUGUCCCACCGGCCACCUCCACCUUCUUCGCCUCAGGGCGCCCCUCACUCACACAACUUCAACAACUACUACGGUUUCAACCUCGAUAUCGGUUCCCUCCCCGACUUGACGGGUGGUCAGAUGGGCGCUGAUGGUCAAGAUAACGACAUAAUGGCUAUGCUAGACAACAACAUGCUCGGCUCCAUGGGCGACGUAUCCAUGGGUCUCGAGUCAGCCGAUGACUCCAAUAUGAAUGGCUCUUUUGGUAACGCGCAAUCGUCUACAGAAGAGUCUGUCGCGAGAGCUGAAAAUCAGUUCAACACCGCUGCGAACAAUGUACCUGGUGCAGGGCCCCUCCCUGCUGGCGCGUUUGCGCAAAUGAAUCUUGCUGGUGCCAGUACCCUAACGGAGUUCACAAAACGAAGAAAUUGGCCUGCCAAGGUUGUCGAAGAACUCAGAGAUUUUUUACAGAUUCUUGACGCCAACGGGCGCAUCAAGUACGCAUCGCCCAGUAUCCUCCAAGUCACAGGAUACAGCGUGGAGGAGAUCCAGGAUGUCUUCCUAAAAGAUUUAAUUCAUCCCGACGACCAAGGUGUCUUUGUUGCAGAACUUAACGAAUCUAUCGCGUCCGGCAACCCGCUACGUCUAUUCUACCGGUUCAAGAAGAAGGACGAAAAAUAUGCGAUUUUCGAGACGGUUGGUCAUGCUCAUAUUGCAGGCGCCAAAUUCGCCCCCAAUCCCAAUAAUCAGUCUCCCUUCUGCCAAGCCGUGUUUAUGAUGGCGCGCCCGUACCCGACCAAGAACGCUGGUCUUUUAGACUCUUUCCUUGAGCACAAGAUCGAAAACGAACGAUUGAAGCGUCGCAUUGCCGAACUCCGCCGCGAAGAGGAGGCCGAAAACGAUGAAGCGCAACAGCAAUGGAUGCAGAGCCAAGAAGGUCGAUCGGACAUGACGCCGUCCGAAGGAACGGGGGUGACAUCAUCAACCUUCUACCGCCCCAGCAGUGAGAGGGGAUUGACUGAGGUCGACCGAGCUGCCCUCAACAAAGCACUCACGCGCGAAAACCUGGAAGGUGCGGGGGGUACCCGACAGGAUUCGCUUAAGGACAAGAUGGCACGAUACGAGGGAGCGUCUCACACGGACACGAUCGAAAUGUUGACGGGUUUACGAUAUAUCGAGGGCGAAAGAAGCCGGGGAAUCACAACUGGAAAUGCAAGUCCGACUUUGAUCAAGGGCGAUGCAGGUAUCGCGAUUCCAAUGGAGCGAGACCCUCGGACAGGCGACAAGAAAAAGAAGCUCAAAACUUCGGAGGAAUACGUGUGUACUGACUGUGGUACUUUGGAUUCCCCGGAAUGGAGAAAAGGACCCCAAGGACCCAAGACAUUAUGCAAUGCUUGCGGUUUGCGAUGGGCCAAGAGAGAGAAAAAGAGGACCAGUACCAGUCAUCCUCCUACUGUGGACCCAUCGGUGACUUAA